CUUUCAACAAUGUCCAAUUUACAACUCCCCCUCUUUCUUCUUCUUCGUCGUCGUCGUCCUCCUCCUCCCUUCUUUGACAUUGACCCUGUCUGUCUCUUUCACACGCUCACACACUCACUGCGUGUAUAUAUACCAUACAUAUAUAUUAUACACACAGUAGGAAUUUUUGUCUGCUUGGAAUUUUCCGCCAUUUUCCUUUGAUCCACUGUUUUCUUUCCAACUAUAUAUAUAUGUGUACAUUUUUUCUCAACAAUUUCAAAUACCAAAUUUGUCACCACCCAAUUGACUUCAAAUAGCGUCUAAAAAAAAGUUUCAGUAAAGCAGAUGAUUGUGGAGGCGGCGUUGGAGGUAUUAGUGCCGUCGUGGUGGGAGGUGAAAGUCACCGUCGCCGCCACGGCAUUCCUCAUAUUUUCUUACUGGUGCUUUGCACUCGGCGGCGGCUCUGCCUGCGGUGAUGAUCGCGUUUCCGCCGAUGAUUCCGGUGGUGCCGUUGAGGAUAAACAAAAGAUGGGCCAGUUAAAAGGAGACCCUCAAACUAAUUCUGCAUAUAUAAUCAAGGUUGAACUAUUAGCUGCUAAAAAUCUCAUUGCUGCUAAUUUGAAUGGGACGUCAGAUCCAUACGUAAUCAUCACUUGUGGCACACAAAAAAGAUUUAGUUCAAUGAUCCCUGGUUCAAGAAAUCCUAUGUGGGGGGAGGAGUUCAACUUUUCAGUUGAUGAGCUUCCAGCAGAGAUAAAUGUAACAAUAUAUGAUUGGGAUAUAAUUUGGAAAAGUGCUGUUCUUGGUUCGGUGACUGUACCUGUUGAAAAUGAAGGUCAGACAGGUGCUGUAUGGUAUACAUUGGAUAGCACGUCAGGGCAGGUUUGUCUUCACAUUAAAACAGUAAAACUCAAUAUCAAUUCUUCAAGGGGUUUGAAUGGUUGUGAUAAUACUCGUAGAAGGAUUGCUUUGGAUAAAGAAGGACCUACUGUUGUUCAUCAGAAACCUGGUCCUUUGCAAACAAUUUUUGGUCUCCCUGCUGAUGAGGUUGUUGAACAUAGUUACUCUUGUGCACUUGAGAGGUCAUUUUUGUAUCAUGGACGUAUGUAUGUCUCUUCCUGGCACAUUUGCUUCCACUCAAAUGUGUUCUCAAAGCAGAUGAAGGUAGUUAUUCCGUUAGGAGAUAUUGAUGAGAUAAGGAGGAGCCAGCACGCAUUCAUUAACCCUGCUAUUACAAUAAUUCUACGUACAGGUGCUGGCGGCCAUGGGGUACCUCCUUUAGGAAAUCCUGAUGGGAGGGUACGAUAUAUGUUUGCGUCUUUUUGGAAUAGGAAUCAUGCAAUUAGAGCCUUGCAACGGUCAGCAACAGACUACCACGCCAUGCUAGAAGCAGAGAAAAAGGAGAGGGAACAGUCAGCACUACGUGCACAUAGCAGCUCGGUUAAAGGAAGUAAAAAGAUGGAUAUGAGUCGGAAAGAAAAUGUGUCGAAGACUGAGAAAUCUCAGCCUUUUAUUAAAGAAGAAGUCCUUUCUGGUAUAUACAAUGACAUUUUCCCAUGCACACCUCAGCAGGUUUUUGACUUACUACUGGCUGAUGGUUCAAAUUAUACUAAUGAGUAUCGUACAGCACNCAUUGAGUAUCGUACAGCACGUAAAGAUUCUAAUAUCAAUAUCGGUCAAUGGCAUUCUGCUGAUGAGUAUGACGGUCAAGUCAGAGAGAUUACAUUCAGAACCAUAUGCAACAGUCCCAUGUGCCCCCCAGAUUCAGCAAUGACGGAAUACCAGCAUGCCGUUUUGUCACCAGAUAAGAACAUGCUGGUUUUUGAGACUGUACAACAGGCACAUGAUGUCCCAUUUGGAUCAUGCUUUGAGGUCCACUGUAGG